AUGACGGAGCCCAAUAACCAGAACAACUUUGGGGCUACCCCCGAAGGCCCCCCAGUUAAACGAACUUGCGCGAUCGAUACGCCACCCAUUGCGUUGACACCAGCAGAUGAUGGAAGCGAUUUUUACAACACUCCGUUGGUCGCAGGAAGCCCUGUGAAGACGGAAGAGAAAAAGGAAGAUAACAUCGAACCUCAGCCUACCGAGACACCUGUAACAUCGAAUCCACACGCCGCAAUUCCCGGGUUGAGCUUGGUCAAUGAUAGUGUCCAGGAAAACCAAACAGGCCAGAGCAGCGCCGGUACAAACGAGAUCAAAAACGAAGAAGGAAACGAAUCAGGCGCAAGAGACACAGAUGCCAUGGAAGUUGAAGAGGACAAUAAACAAACCCAAGGGGAAUCUGGAACGAAUAAUGGAUCCCCGGGCAGUGCCAAUGUGAACAGCGGUGCAGAGAGUACAAUGGUCGAGGCGACCGCAGCCGGGCAAGCUGAGCAGCAGGACGAGGAGGAACAUCCUGAAUGGGAGAUCGAUUCUUCCCCGUAUGAAUCCUCCUCUGACAGUUCCGACACAGAUUCUUCGGAUAGCGAUGACGAGGAUGAGGAUUACCCCAUCCUUAGCCCCGAGGAACAAGCCCGAAUUUUGAUGCAAGGAGAGCUAGGCGAUGAUGACGAAGGCGAAGGAAAGGGUAAAUCGGGUGCAAAUCUGAAGACAGCGAACGAAGUUCCAGAGGAGGUUUUGCCGAUUCCAGACAUUACUAUUACUCCCGAAACGAAGAUCGUGCUCUUAGGAAACGUGGAGGCUGCCAUUGAGAAUACUGUUCUUAUUACAGCAAAUACUACCGGAGAAUAUCAGGUGCUCGAGGCUGGAUCACUCCUUUGCCUGGAAGACCGCCGAGUUGCCGGUGUGGUUUCUGAGACUCUAGGACGAGUCGAGAAUCCGUUAUAUGCCGUUAGAUUUCCCACCACAGCAGACGUUGAAGAGCGCGGUCUAUCUCGAGGCACUCCUGUGUACUACAUCGUGGAGCACUCUACGUUCGUGUUCACCCAGCCACUGAAGGGCUUGAAGGGAAGCGAUGCCUCAAACUUCCACGAUGAGGAAGUUGCUGAGGAUGAAGUCGAGUUCUCUGACGACGAACAAGAAGCUGAGUAUAGGCGCAAGCUGAAGCAAAAGCGCCAGGAGAGGAAGGGAGCCAAACACAACGCGAAUGGAAACCCAUCAGGGGCCGGAAGAGGCGGGCCCGGCCCCUCAAAGUUGAGCCAAAGCGAGCUCAAUUACGAUGAUAACGUUCCUGAAGAUGGUUACACCCCACUUGCACGGCCUAAGAACCUGCACGAGAUGAUGCGACAGGAAGCGCCUGUUGAGAGCGAUGGUUUUUCGAACAGGCAUUCUGGCUCUGGCGGCGGCAGGGGUCGCGGUAGAGGCUCUGAUCGUGGUCGAGGUGGCCGUGGGCGUGGAAGAGGAGGACCCAGGGAUCAUCAUGGGCACCACUCGCAUCCCGAUCGUCAGCCAUACCAUCAGCCAGAAAGACAAGAUGCCCAACCCCAGCCUCAACACCAGAAUUAUCCUCGGUUCAACCCAGCUCAGCAAUACCCGUCCUACCAAUCUCUCCCACAACAACCUCAACAGCCCCAGCAGCAGGCUUAUGCUCAAGGUGCGAUGCCAACGACGCCUUUCAAUUUCCAAAUGCCAUACCAACAGGCCUAUCAACAACCGAACCCGUAUCAACAAAUGUCGCCUACUCCGCAUAUCAACCCACUAUUCUUAGCCGCAUUACAACAGCAACAGCAGCAACAACAGCAGCAGCCACAGUACCAACAGCCCCAGCCUCAGCAGCAGCCUCCUGCCACAGGGCAACAGCCGCAGGCUCAAAACCAGGCCAUGAAUUUUGACCAGGUCAAGGCACAGCUGGAUCUCCUGCGGCAUUUGAGCAAUGGAAAUCAAUGGCCGCCUCGCUCGUGA